AUGUUUACCACUUUGGACCCGAAAGUUCCUGUAAUGCCAAAUAAAAACCACAAUAGUGUGUACAUUUAUUCAACGUUCGUUCCAGUAUGCGUGUGUUUCGUAUUAAUUGUCGCUGUUUGGAGAGUUAGAAGAAGGAUUCGCACGAAAAAAAUAUUAGUGACCUCGGUGUUUGUUGUAACCAGCGACAACCAGCGUAAUUUACCCCAAUCGGCGCAAGAAGGCGCCCUUAACGUAAUCGCGAAUAAAAAACCAAAAAACCAGAACCGCAAAAAAAUAAAAAUUAUUACGAAAAACCAGAAGAAUUUUUCGAUUUCCACGAUUUCCUUUCCAAGAGAACCGAUGUACAAAAGUCAGGGGAAACCCGCCUAUUUGGUACCUUUCACGGCUCUUCCGCCUAACUUCGAUUAUUCUUUGAAAAACGUAGAAGUGCACAGUGAUUUCGUGGUAAUCAAGGAUUUGGAAAUACUCCAAACUUAUUGGUAUGAAAAGGAAGAAUACAAAAAGCCCGCCCCUUACAACACUAAUAUCAGCUAA